GCCGGCUCCGCUGGGUGGGACGGCCGUAUGGUGGAGCUGACUCUGGCAAAGGGGAGGGUCCCUGCGCGGAGCGGCGAGAGUAGAGACGGAGGGUCCCAGCGCGGAGCGGCGGGAGUAGAGACGGAGGGUCCCAGCGUAGAGCGGCGAGAGUAGAGACGGAGGGUCCGUGCGCGGAGAGACGAGAGAAGAUAGGGUGUCCCAGCGCAUAGAGACGGGGGAAGAUACAGUGUCCCUGCGCGGAGAGAACGGGGGAAGAUCGGGUGUCCCAGCGCCGAGAGACGGGGGAAGACAGGGUGUCCCAGCGUGGAGCGAUAGGAGACAGAGUCCCAGCGUGGAGCUGGAUGAGACGGAGGGGACGGCCUAGACGCGGAGGGGGUAGAGGGGGAGGGCUGUGGGGUAGAGGGGGAGGGCCCCAGCGCGGAGUGGGUAGUGGAGUAGGGCCCCAGCGCGGAGUGGGUAGAGGAUUUUGGCCCCAGCGCUGUGCGGGCAGAGAGAGAGGGCUCCAGCGUGGAGCCGGUAGAUGGGGAAGGUUCCAUCGCGGAGUGGGUAGAGGGGAAGAGGCCCAGCGGGGAGCGGGUGCGGAGGGAGCGACCCUGCGCGCGGAGGGAGCGCCCCAGCGCGCAGAGGUUGCGGAGGGAGCGCCCCAGCGCGCAGAGGUUGCGGAGGGAGCGUCCCAGCGCGCAGAGGUUGCGGAGGGAGCGUCCCAGCGCGCAGAGGUUGCGGAGGGAGCGUCCCAGCGCGCAGAGGCUGCGGAGGGAGCGUCCCAGCGCGCAGAGGUUGCGGAGGGAGCGUCCCAGCGCCCAGAGGCUGCGGAGGGAGCGUCCCAGCGUGCAGAGGCUGCGGAGGGAGCGACCAAGCGCGGAGCUGGUGAGGAGAAGGGGUCCCAGCGCAGAGCAGCAGCAGCAGAAGGAGGGGCCCGGCUCGGUCGGCUCGCCCCGACAGCUCAGCCCCGCUGUCAGCUGAAGAUCGAGCGGCCUCCGUUGAUCUCUGAGACCAGCCCCGCCAUGGAGAGGAAGAGGACCAUCUGCCCGUGCCUGCCUCCCGGCUGGAAGAAAGAGGAGGUGAUCCGGAAAUCGGGGCUCAGCGCCGGCAAGAGCGAUGUUUAUUACUACAGCCCAAGUGGGAAGAAGUUCAGGAGUAAACCUCAGCUGGCUCGAUAUCUGGGAAACAGUAUCGACCUCAGCAGCUUUGACUUCCGGACUGGGAAGAUGAUGCCCAAUAAACUACAGAGGAAUAAACAGCGUCUCCGGAAUGAAGUAAUCAAUCAAGCAAAGGGGAAGUUGGAUUUGAACACAUCCCUGCCAAUAAGACAGACGGCAUCCAUUUUCAAACAGCCAGUAACUAAAGUUACAGAUCAUCCAAACAACAAAGUUAAAACAGAGAUGCAGAAAGUAAUAGAGCAACCACGUCAACUUUUCUGGGAGAAAAGACUCCAAGGAUUGAGUGCAUGUGACAUUGCUGAACAAAUCAUUAAGUCGGUAGAACUUCCCAAAGGAUUGCAAGGUAUUGGUCCUGGCAACACAAAUGAAGCAUUAUUGUCUGCAAUAGCAAGUGCCUUACACACCAGUUCCGGACCCAUUACAGGACAACCAUCUACAGCAGUAGAGAAAAACCCAGCAGUCUGGCUUAACGUUUACCAGCCAAUGUGUCGAGCAUUUGUCGUCACUGAUAAGGAUAUCAGGAAACAAGAAGAACGGGUACAGCAAGUGCGGAAAAGGCUCGAAGAGGCUCUAAUGGCGGACGAGUUGGCACGAGCAGAAGAAGUCACAGAAGAAGGACGUGUCGGACACGAGCAACAUGAUGCACAAAUGUAAUAACAUUCCAUUCGCACUCAAAAACCUCAAGCCUGUUUAAUUCACGGCUAUGUGCAAGCACAUAGGAUUGAAAGAUAUUAGUGCAACUUUGGCAAGACAUUAAAAGCACCAAUGUACUACUUGGAUCUUUUAUUAUAUUUUUAAAAGGGUGGAAAUGGACAGGUUUAUGUAACCACUUCAUCGUUGACUUCACUGAAUUAUGCAGACAAUUACAGCCCCAACCUCUUUCACUUCAGCCAUCAUGCUGGGCAGGGAGGAAACCUCUCCCUUUUGUACAUUGGAUUCGGGAAGGAUUAUGCCUGGACCUCAAUUUCUUACAGUAUUUUGAAGCCUUCUACAAACCAUGAAUGACUAAAGAGUCCAGUUCUAAUUUUUAUAUACAGGAAUUGAUAUCAUUGAUUUCAAUUGUGGGCCAGCUGAAGCAGAGUAAGCAGAAUGAAUCACUUGUAAUGAAGAAACAUUGGAGCUUGAAUACACUUGCACCAUUCACUUUCUGAAUUACAUUUUUUCUUUCAUCCCCUCCCUGGUCUCAUAAAGUUAAACCCCGCAAACAUCAGUACUAACUUGCCCACCCCUCAACCCCAUACCUAUCCCUAAACAUCCAACCACUACCAUUAUUAGGUAGCCC